AUGCUGAAGAAACUCAAACCUAUCCUCUUAUCUGUUACUACCAUAGGUGUAGGCUAUUUUUGUGUUCAACGAGAACUCAAUAUUAAUUUGGGAAUCUUUGACGCCUUUUAUUAUCAACUCUAUAAAUACUCUCCUCAUUACGCUGUUCAAUUUAUAAAGCUGAUGUCUUAUUAAAAUUUAUUGUGGAAGCAAGAUCUCUACACUCAAGAAUAGAAUCUUAAUGACUAAAUAAAAUUAAAGAAUUAACUUGGAUUAGCUAGUGGAUUUGAUAAUGAUGGCUCCUUUGUUGAAACCUUAUAAAAUUUAGGAUUUGGCUUUAUUGAAAUUGGUUCAAUAACAGCUUAAAGAAAUAUAAGGUUUAGUGAAGAUUUGAAUACUUAUUCAGUUAAAAACGAUAGCAUAGAAUAUUUGAGCGAAAUUCCUUAAAUGGGAAUAUUACAGAGCAAAGCCAUUUUGACAUCACUACGAAGAAAUUAUGCAAUAAAGAUUCCUGUGGGGGUUAGCAUAAUGCCAUCAGAGGAAAUUUAUAAGUACACCCCAUAUUUAAUUGAAAAUGACAUUUCUAAUGUUACAAGAGAAUUAUGCACUGUAGCUGAUUUCCUUGUUCUUAAUCUUGUAAGUAGUUAAAGAACUAGUAAAUUAUAUAAUGACAUCGUUACCAAUAAUACAGAUGUUAUUAAGAAAAUGAUUCAAUCUAUAUAAAUUACUUAAAUUGAAGAGAUUGGUCUAUAAGCUGCUUUGGAACAUGAAACUAAGAAUGAACUUAAAGGAGACAAUUAAGUUAGGGAAUAUUUAAGCACUACUUAACUCGGAUUGAAAUAGUAAUAUCUAUUUAAUAUAAUUAGAAACUUAGUUGCUCCUUUGUAUAUUAAAGUAUCAUCAAAUAUAUAAAAAACCAUCCUUGAUUUUCUAUUGGAAGAAGCAAAAGGAAAUAAAAUUUAAGGAAUUAUUCUUUAAAAGGAUAUCAAUUAAAACGAUUUAGAAUAUAAUAAAACACUUAAAUAAGUGAGAUAAUAGCUUCCAAAGUCAUGCACUUUGAUUAGCGUUGGAGGAAUCAAAACUAAAGUACAAUUUUAGGAAAGAUUAAAUAACGGAGCUGAUGCUUGUUAAAUAUUUUCAUCUUUUGUUGCUAAAGGACCUCACGUCAUCAAAGAUAUUUUGCUGUGA